AUGGAUUACAGCGACCUAUCCUCCUCCUACAAGCGGUACAAGCUCAAGACCGCUGAAGCCCUCGACUGGCUCGUCCUCGAAGCGAGCAAACUCAAGACCGCAAUCACUUCUCCCCGCCAGUACAAAGUGUGCGAGUUGGUGGAUCUGGCAAUAGCAUGUGCAAACGCCGGGCGAGUGAUGCCGAAGGAGACGAGGAAGGCGCUGGAGGAGUCGCUCUGCCUCCGCCGUCGAUGUGCGGAGUGGUUUCUCCAGCACGGCUCCGAGGCCGCGAAUGCAACUCAUACAUUUUUCAACGAGAGCCUUCAGAAGAUUCUUGACGCCUUUGCUCAUCCCAAGCCAGAGGCGACUCGACCCUCCGCCUCCCCACCCACGAGCAAGCCCCCCUCCGCGACGCUGUCGGACCGAGACACAUCCCAAACCAACUACUUCGCCAUUCUCGCCGACGAUGACGACGUUCAUUACCAAUCCUCUGAUGAAGACGUCUCUGCUGGUCUCUCCACAGGCAAUGGUGUGACCAGGCCAGACCGAGCCGCAACCAAGAAGACAUCAGAAGCAGAGCAUUGUUCCCAAGAGGCCGAACAGAGUGGCUGGGUAGCCUUUGAUGACGACCAGUUGAUGGAGCUCGUCGACCUCAUCACCGCAUGGCUUGUAACUCAGGCAGGCUUCCAGCAUCUUGUUGACCUUGAGACCGUCUUCAUUCAGAAGUACCCAUACCUUGACAACCUGGGGUCAAUGUCGAACGCCAUGUACUGUUUCUGUGGUCUAGGACAGAGCUCCUUCUGGCCCGACAGUGCGGCAGAGGGCUCAAAGCGCUGGGAUGACAAGACUAUCCGGAACGUCGACAAAAUGCAAUGGCUAUCGGAGUCAAAUAUGAAAGACUGGCUGCUUUGCGACGUCUCGUUCAUGUUGGAGAACCUAGACAGCGAGUCGAACCUGGAAGCUGGAAUCAAGGACGACCCCUGGCGCUAUCCGGAGAUCCCACUUUUCCAAGUGCAAGGUCUCGAGCACCGGAGGCUCUAUACACUUCAACGCGAGUCUCUGGCAGCAGGAAAAUCCGUGGCCUGUCUCGACCUUCUCACGUCCCGCAUGGUCUCAGAAUCAUCGAAAACGGCGGGCUCUCCCGUCCGUCUCAGCACCGCGGCAAUGUGCAGGACCUAUCUCGACAUCUUGAACAUACCAGACUUGAUGUCACGGGUCGCUACUGACCUAGUGAAAUACCUGAACUACAGACAAUUGCAAGACGCAAGGUCUUUCGCCCGCCUUAUGACGCAAGCUGGCAACGAAGUCACGGCCUGGCAGCAUUACCGAUUUGCUCUGCUUCAUGGCUCGGAUGGAAAACCAUUCAUCCAAAACCCGAUCCUCCUUGGUGGCCUUCUCUGCAGCGUGUCAGUUACCUCACAUUUGGCGGAGGCUUUCAGUGUCAGCUAUUCCGGAUCCCUCGUGGCUGUCGCUCACCAGUACAACGCCAUUCGCAUUUUGAGCCUCGAUAUUACCGUGCCUCGUUGGAAGGAUCUCGAAGUCUUGAUCGGGUUACAGAAGGCAGCCACCUUUGCUCCGGAGCCACCUCAGACCUUUGAUCAAUGUAUCAUUCGGUUUUGGCGCUCCCAAGGCCUCAGGCUGAGCGAGAUCAGAACCAAAACCAUUACCGCCGACCGCCUGGCUUUAGCCGCGCAGAGGGUUGUCCCCCUGCAUCGUCACCUCAAGCAGAUCUCGAAGACCGACCUGACUCCUGAAGACAUUACCAAAGGUCUCAACUUCCACAUCAAAUGCGAAUCACAGAGGAACACUUUCGGGUUUCGCAGGGAGUUGCGCGGCAUCCCGCUGCUCGAACAUCUCUUUUACGCCUAG